AUGAGCUCUGCUGUUAGGGCAUCGGCUCCAUCGUCAGGGUUCAGCUUCUUCAAUAAUGCCAGAAACAACGGCAGUCACAAUGGCUUCACGAAGAAGAGCCAUCCGCAAAAACGGGAUAAAGGUAGGAAGCAGAACAGACCAGGGAAGCAGUUAUCGCGCGAAAACUUGAGCCGCUCGAAACCCAACAAGAAUGCUUCAACUAGUGCUGGAGUUGGUGGCUCUGCGACAUCUGUCAAAGAAACCCCCUGGACAUCACCUUCCAAAGUCAACGCAGCCGGUCCUUAUUCUCAAGUUCCACCCGAACAGUUGGGAUUCCAGAGGAUUGCGCAUAAGCCAAGAAGUGCCCCUCGCUAUCUCAUACAACAAAGGCCAAGACUAAAGCCUGGUGCUUUCACACCCGACCCUUGGGACGUUGCAAACCAGCAGAAGAUGCUCGCAAUCGAAAAUGAGAUAUCUGACCCGACACAGCUGUGGGAAACCCUCAAGAAGAUGCGGGAGGUGGAAAGAGGCGUCAUGGAGGACAAAAGAUUAGUAGACCGCGCAGACUCCGCAAAAGACCUAAACGAUGCAAUUGUAUUCGAAGGGUCAUGCCAAGAUAUGUGUCCCGUUUUUGAGCGUGCGAGGAGAAGUGUGGAAAACAACGUUGUUCGCUAUGAGAAAGAAGACCAGAAUAGCAAAAGAAUAUCCAGGUUCAAAGCUCUCAAGGUAUUCGCUAGGCCGGCUGCUGCCGCUGCCCCUUCCCUUCCUUCAGACGUCAGGCCACCCGCGGUGCUAGUCAAGACUCUGGAUUACAUUGUCAGCAAUAUAGUCCCCCAUCUUCCACAGUGUGAGGGCUUUUUGUGGGAUCGUAUGAGAUCCAUAAGGCAAGAUUUCACUUACCAGAACUAUAGUGGACCCGAGGCAGUUGACUGCAACGAAAGAAUUGUUCGAAUUCACCUCCUUAUUCUCCACGUCAUGGCUAAGAGCGACGUUGAAUACAGUAUGCAGCAAGAAUUGGAGCAAUUACACAAAGCUUUAAUUACGUUAUCAGAGAUCUACGACGAGAUCCGCAGCAGCGGAGGACAAUCUCCAAAUGAGGCUGAGUUUAGAGCUUAUUCUCUAUUGAGUAGACCCAGAGAUCCAGAAUAUGACAAGAUGGCGCAAUCCUUGCCCCAGGAUAUAUUCAACGAUGACAUAGUGCAGCUGGCGCUCUGCUUUAGACGUAUUAUUUCGAACUCCGGCUAUUCUGAAAGAGGCCAUAUGAAGACAGAGAAUGGUCUUAAUCUUUACAAUAGGUUUUUCCAGCUUAUAAAGUCCGACCGCGUACCCUUUCUGAUGUGCUCCUUUUUAGAAGUGUACGUCAAUGAGAUCCGGUUUUACGCUCUGAAGUCUUUGUCGCACUCAAUUAACAGGAAGCACAAACCAAUGCCUAUUGAGUAUUUGAAAGAAGAAUUGAUGUUCAAUAACGAGAGCGAACUUUUUGCUUUUUGCGAGCACUACUCCAUUGAACUCGGUCCCGACGGUGUCAAAGUUUCCACGCUUUCUCAUCAUUCUCACAACAUACCAGAAACUAGGCCGCUGAAGCAGAGUUAUUUACUUUGUGUCGAAGAGAAGUUACAGAAAACCCCCACAUCCGAUUUGAUCAACGCAGGGAAGCCAAAUUUUGAUACCUUACCCCAAGCUCAGUCACUUAACAACUCCAGCAAAGGCGACACAGCAUUGCCAAGCAUCUCUAGUUUGAGCGAAAAUAAUCCAGAAAAGCAGGCGACCACCUACACGAUACAGUCGCCAGCGCCAUUUUCAAAUGCGGAGAUGAACACUGGUUUUGGCACUUCACUCAAGUUCGGAGCUUUAGGGAAUGGAAGCAGUAUAGCCCGCAAUGUAGAGGCCAAAGAACAAACAGAAAAUGAAAAGAGAGACGAAAUACAAAGACAAAAACAACUUAAAAUACAGCAAAAAAUUGAAGAACAAAGAAGACUAAAGGAAGAAAGAGAGAGGGAGAAACAAUAUGAAAUUCAACAAGAGCAAAACCGCCAGCAAGAAGAAGCAAGGCGCCUCGCGAGAGACCAGAAAGAGUUACAAGAUAAGGCCAGCAAACUCGUUGCUAGCUCUCUAAUACAAGAUGUAGUUGGCAAACUCUUGCAAAAGUUUGCAAAAGAAUGCUUAGCCCAGAGCAAAGCAAACCAAAAACGCAAUGAGCUUUUGGCCGAGGAGCUUUAUCAAGCGUUUUUGCAUGAAAAACUCUAUUUUAUAUCUUUGGAAACAAAAGCCGACCUGAAACUUCAAACAAGAACACUGAAAGCAGCCUGGAAUUCCUGGGGCAACAAGCUUGCUGCAAGAAGGCAAAAAAGGGAGCAACAGAAGCGAACGCUCGAUGAAUUGACCCAGGUGGGCAAGCGGCUUGGCAUUCCAGAAUUCAAGCGGCCAAGAACGGAAACCCCUUUGAGUAGCUUCUCGUUCACGCUGCCGUCAUCAUCAAGAAACCGCCUGGUGCACACUCCGAUCAACAACCAGGAGAGUCAAUUUAGAACACCUGUUCACAAAAAUACGGCGAUCUGGAGCCCAAUAGACCUGAAAACAGUAUACUGCGACCCCAUUGCAGAACGCUUCAAAGAGAAGCUAAAAGAACUGAAGAAAGCUCCAGAGGAGCGAUCCAAAAUCAGCAUAUUCGUCUUUUCGCGAAGCUGGGACAGCGUUUCAUCCCGCUGGCUCUCGAGCAAGUUUGGCUUUCCCGUUAGCCCCCAUCAAACCUACACUUCCGACGACGGUCGUGUCGAACUUGAAGUUAACAGCGCGCGCCCGAACUUUUCCACAAGGCAACUCGAAAAUUUACAACUUUUAGUGUUCAACAGCGGAGUGACAGAGGACAAUAUCUUUGACCUCGAGCUGAAGCUCAAGCAAGACGGCGAAAAACUCAUCGAGCUAGCUCAUGGUAUUGCUCUCAACACUAAUUACAGGUUUUCAAUCUUAAUUAUCUACUGGGAGUCCGCCGAGAACCCUCUGCUCAACGACGAAAUCUCCAAGUAUCUCAAGCUUAACAAAAUAUCGAGGGUUUUCGCCGCGGCGUUGGACAGUGUCGAGGUGGUCAAGCUCACAGGCGACGCCCCGCACAAGGUGCUGGAGAGCAGCCUCGACAAAGUGGCGCGCCACACCAACCUAGAACUCACAGAGCGCGGUGCAUAUAAUCGAUCUUUGCGGCUGAAGAGCCCUUCCGCGAGCACGAGUGCGUACCGCUCCUCCCGAGACAUCGACGAAAAGCUGUGCAGCGCGCUGGAACAGGAGCGGAGGAAGCAUGAGCAGGAGCGGAACCGUAACAACACGUAUGCAUACCUGCAGUCCCACAUAGCGGCCUCGCCCCGCACGCGCAUGCGAAAACUGCCUGUUCUGCUGUCCGAGUCCCACGGAAACAGGUUUAAAACACCGCUGGCGGUGCGACCCUUCGUCAAGCGCACCUCGUCCUACUCUGUGCCCUCGGUGCCGUCGCACCUGGCCGCUAAGGCCCGCCUGGCCCGCGAGCCCGGCCCGGCCCCCGCUGACGCUGCGCUCCCGCUGCCUGCUGACGCGACGCCGUCCUACUCGCGCAACCAAGACGACACCACCGCCGCCACCGCCGCCGCAGUGCUACCCGCUACGCCUUCGCUAGGCUCGUCCGCGCGCUGUUACCCGGGCGCUGCAAACACAAGCGGCAUUUCCAACGUCACAUUCGAGUCACCAUACUCCACUCCGUCCGCCAGGGUUCUACCGUCGGCUGGAUCGCCAGCAGCACCAGUCCGCGACGCUUCGUCCAGCGUAGUGGAGCUCAGAGAUCUCAUUGCGUCCGUAAAGAAGAAGCUAAACAGACGUUGA